GAACAAAUAACUGUUACGAGUGUACCAGAACAGCAACAACCAGAAAUAGAAGAGAAAGAGAUACCGAAAAAAGAAUUACCCGUACAUGAAGUCGAAGAAACAAGUACUGUAACAUUAACUUUUGAGAAACCACAAAGUACAAAACCUGAAGACGUUGUUCUACUUAAAGGUGGAGAAGAAUUAAAACCUUCAGAUCACGUAAAGGUUACUCCGACUUCACCAACUACAACAGAAGUUCAAAUUGUUAAAGUUAAACCUGAAGAUGAAGGUGAUUAUACAGUUGAAGUCGAAGGUGUUGAACAACCGCUUGUUCGACUUAAAGUUCAUCGCAAACCAGUUAUUCGACAAGAAAUACAAUUGCCAAAAGUUAAAUUCAAUGAAAAAGAAACACUUACUAUUGUUUGUCAAUUUGAUGCUACACCUGAAGAACCUUUCAGCUUUCUUCAUAAUGAACAACCAAUUGUACCAGAUUCUCGUGUGACAACCACUGUUGAAGACAAUAAAUAUACAAUUGUCGUAAACGAUCUUCGUCCAGAAGAAGAUGAAGGUGUUUAUACACUUAAAUCAGAUCAUUUGAUUCUUGAUACACCAUCAAUCACUGUCGUUCCUGUAGAAAAGAAACCCAAAACAGAAACAACUACUGUAGAAGAAGAAAAAGUUACAGUUGUACCACAAGAGGAACAACCACAAACCGUUGUCCAUGAAGUGAAAGAAGUGACACACAUACCAGAAGAGAAAAAGCCUGAAGAAGGUGUCGAAGUUCCGACUCAAGAAGUUCAAGAAGGUACUACUGUUACUUUAACUGUAGAAAUACCUGAAGGUACAACACAUAAAAUAAUAAUCUUACUGAAAGACAAACAACCACUGAAACCUUCAGAACGUAUCAAAAUCAUACACACAUCAUCAACAACUAUCGAGAUUCAAAUUAUAAAGGCUAAACCCCAAGACGAAGGAAUAUAUAGUGUUCUCAUUGAUAAAAAAGAACAACCAAUAGUACGACUGAAAGUUA